AUGAAAAUAGACCUAUCUUCUCUUUCUUGGGCGGGGCACCAAAUUCAUGUAUCUUUACCAAUUAACCAAUUUCUUGACGCUGGGGUGGAUCCUAAAGAGAUACCACUUCCUCAUGAAUUUAUCUUGAAUCGGCACCUUUUGGCUCAACUUUAUCCUAGUUUUGCCGAACGAGCAACCCCUUUUUCCACUUUAAAUUGGUCCAAAUACGCAGAAUUUCUGACUUUUCGCGGAGGACUAGAUCCAGUAACCGGUGGUCUCUGGCUGACUGAUAUUGCGCACCAACAUUUAGCUAUUCCUAUUAUUUUCCUAAUCGCGGGUCAUAUGUAUAGGACCAAUUGGGGUAUUGGCCAUGGACUUAAAGAAUCUGUCUACUCUUAUAAAAAGUAG